AGUCAUUCGCAUCGCGAGCGUUGCCGGUGACGCACGCGACGUCUCUUAAAGUCCACGCUCUUCCUGUCUCCCGUGAGACGGCGUGCGUUGUCACCAUCCGCGCAUAACAUCGCCGGUGUAAAAAUAAAGCCGGCGACAGACGGCGGUGUCUCGAGUUAAAUUUAAAUGAUAUCGCGGACGUCGUGCCGGUCUCGUCUCGUACGCUCUCCGACAUGAGACUAAGUCGGGGCAUAGUGUGCGAGUGCGCAGGUGUGAGCGCGUGCCCCGACGGCGCUCUCAAUGGCACUUGCACCACUCAGCCCGGCGGGUACUGCUUCGUCACAGUCGAGGAGUUAUACGAUGAAAAUGGCAUUAUGGUACCAGAGCGCACGGCCGGCUGCCUGCCGCCGGACGAGUCUGGAUUUAUGCAGUGCAAAAGCUCACAAGUACCCCAUCAGACCCCUAAGGUAAUAGAAUGCUGCGAAAAAGACCUCUGCAAUCGGCGUCUUCGGCCACAGUUACCAGAACCCCCGCCCGACAUGACGGAUGCUCCAGGUCCACGACCAGCCGCACCCACGAGUCAGACUAUUUUAAUGGCGGCAGCGCUAUGCGUCGCGUUGCUCGCCUUCCUCGCAGCAUUUUGGCUGCUCUUUAGGAAACGUCGCAGGGGGUGCAAGCGACCUCCAUCACCGCCGGCUCCGACACAUCACGCGGAAAUUUCUUCGGGCUCCGGGUCCGGGUUACCUUUGCUCGUGCAGAGGACGGUCGCGAAACAGAUUCAAAUGGUAGAGUCGAUAGGGAAAGGCCGCUACGGUGAGGUCUGGCUAGCUCGCUGGCGCGGUGAGAAAGUCGCCGUCAAGGUGUUUUUCACCACGGAGGAGGCUUCCUGGUUCCGAGAGACUGAAAUUUAUCAGACUGUUCUAAUGCGACACGAAAACAUUCUCGGGUUCAUCGCGGCAGAUAUCAAGGGGACCGGCUCGUGGACUCAGAUGCUGCUGAUCACCGACUAUCACGAGAACGGAUCUUUGCACGACUACCUUCAGACGGUGGUGCUCGACACGAACUCGUUGAUGACGAUGGCCUACUCCAUAGUCAGCGGCCUGGCUCACCUGCACAUGGACAUAUUCGGCACGAAAGGGAAACCCGCGAUAGCGCACCGGGACAUCAAGAGCAAAAACAUACUCGUGAAGAGGAACGGGCAGUGCGCCAUCGCCGACUUCGGGCUCGCCGUGCGGUACGUGGCCGAGCGGAACGAGGUCGACAUCGCGCCCAACACGCGCGUCGGCACGCGCCGCUACAUGGCGCCCGAGGUGCUCGACGAGAAGCUCGACGUCACUAACUUCGAGGCCUUCAAGAUGGCCGACAUGUACUCGCUCGGCCUCGUGCUGUGGGAGAUGUGCCGCCGGUGCGCCACGGGCGACAAGGCGCAGCACGCGGAGCCCUACGCGCUGCCCUACCACGAGCACGUGCCGCCCGACCCGUCGUUCGAGGACAUGCACGGCGUGGUGGUGGCGCGGCGGGUGCGGCCCGCGCGGCCGGCGCGCUGGCGGGCCGAGCCCGCGCUGGCCGCCGCGUCGGCGCUCAUGGCGGAGUGCUGGCACCACAACCCGCCCGUGCGGCUCACGGCGCUGCGCGUCAAGAAGACGCUGGCGCGCGCGCGCGCCGAGGGCGCCGUCAAGCUCGUGUAGCGGCCGCCGGGCCGCCUCCUGUCAUGUUGUUAACUUACGUAUUAUUUAGGGUAAGGAUGGUUUUGUAAAAAAUUUUAUUGUCUUCCGUUUCGACGAGCGACUCGCUCGAUGGCAGCUCGGGGCGGUGGUCGCGGUCGUGAAAUGCUCGGAAUCGGCGAUCCGGUCGAGACGAAGUACGCGACGUGAAUUGUGAUAUUUCGACAAUAAGGGAAAUGAUUUUAUUUCAAAUUAUCUCGUGUGAACCGUUCGGAUUCGAAAAAGUCAAGAAAAUGUCUGAGAGUAACAUCGCGUAUUAGUUCGUUUGUACUUAAGGUGAUCGAAAGACUACGAUUGUGGAAAGUAUUAGCGAUAGACGGUCAAGUGCAGUGUCUUAUGAGAUGCCUUCGAUUAGUAUUAACAUGACGUUUUGUAUUGCGACGCUCUCGGUUUGGAACUCGAUUUCACUCGCAAGAAACAAACGUACUGUGAUAUAAUCACUGUAUAAUAUGUCACGUGAGUUCUUUCAAAAUAGAAUAUCAAAUUUACUAAAUACAUGUACAAUGCAAAUGAAAUGUAAUAAAAAUCUCAAAUCUCAUCGUAUAUUUGUAAUACUUUGUAAAUAAGAAUUAAAGUCACAGAUAAAAUAUAUUCGAAAUCGAAUUCCAAACUAAGUGAUCGCCUGCAUUUAGUGUGCGUGCGCGCCUGUACAGUGUUGUGUAUAUAUAGCGAUAGACUAGUACCUAAUACAUGUUGCUAAUUAAGUUACAAAUAAAAUAUUAAUGGACAAACAA